AUGCGUAGUAUGACAUUGUUUAUUUUAUUUGUAUCUAUAAUUGCUUUACUUUUUUUAUUAAUUAAUCUAGUAUUUGCUCCUCACAUACCUUAUCAAGAAAAAAAUUCAGAGUUUGAGUGUGGAUUCCAUUCUUUUCAUCAAACUAGAUUCCCUUUCGAUUCACCUAUAGCUGCACAGGCGAUAUGUUUUGUAAUUCUGGACCUUGAAAUAUUUACCAUGUUCCCUUAUGUAGGAAGUUUAGGUAUAAAUACUUUCUAUAGUCUAGUGGUUAUUCUAGGUUUUAUGUUUGUUGUAUCAGCAGGAUUUGUAUUUGAAUUGGGAAAAGGUGCUUUAAAAAUAGAUUCAAAACAAAAUAUGGGUGGUGAUUCCACUCAUCUAGAGUUGAAAAAUUUAAAAGAUAUAUCUUCUUUAAAUUUAUGUCCUCCAUCAGCGUUCAAAAAUUAA